CAGUUUCAGUUGAUGAGUUCUCAUCGAAAUUCACGAAAUUUUGAAGCUGGUAAAGAUACUUGAAGUUGUUUAAAAUGUCCAGUCAAAGCUACCCAGCACAGCUGAAUCCUUUUGUCGAGGACGCAACAUCGAAAAAAGACAAUCGAAGGAGCUGGAACCCUCGUAAAAUGUUUCUCUCUCGUCAUAAACGCACAUCGUCAUACGCCACUGCGCAAAUAACCACAGAUGAGAACGUCGAGCGGGAGCUGAUCCCGCCUACCGAUGAGCAAGUUCCGCAAAGUCACGGCGUUCACCGUAAGAUGUCUCGGGACACAACACCCACCGAGUCCAAGUGCCGCACCAAUGACUCGACAUUGCAUAGGAAGAAACGACGUGCACCACUGCCGCCAUUGAGUCCCGUCACGUUGGAGUCUUCCUCUUCUACCGAUACUAAGUCGAUCACGGAUCUCAGUUUCUGCGAUACAAUUGAGUUGGAAACUGUUGUCACCAUCACGACAAUAACGGCUACCGUCGAUGAGCAGAACGAGGUCGAUCAAUUGCCAUUGCUCUUCUGCGAUUUAAAUGAUGAGUCAUGAAAAAUGUUCUGACGAAAAGAGAACUAACACAAAAGCCUAUUCACCUUCUUGUACAUUUUGUCAA